GGUUGUUCCAAAAGACAUUUCGAUCUUGAAUAUGUCGGUGGCUAAAAGCCAUAAGACGGCCUCUACCAGCCAUGCUGGCAAUAGCUCUGAGAAGGUUGUCGCUUCGGAACACAGCUUAUCGGAUUUGGUAGUAAUGCUUGAUUCAACUUCUUUGGACUCUUUAAGGCUAGCAUUGGUGGAAUUAAACAGAAAGACAGCCGUUUAUCGCUCUGAUGAAAGGAUAGGUCCAUCAGAUGCAAGAAUACAAACAGCUUUGGAAUUGGUAUCGUUGGGCGGUGUCACAUCUGAUACAUCUUCAAUGAAUGCAAGUAAAGGUAUUUGGCAUGCUUGGGAAGUAGCAAAUUCUCAAAAACAAUCAGGACUUUUGCCGCUCGUACUUCAUCUUUUGGCAAAUUUGAUCAAUGUUCUCGGCGCCCAUCAGCCUAAUCAUGAACAAGCAGAGAAGAUUAUACACUCUUUGAUUUCUACGCCGGAUUCUGUACAUGGCCAAAGAUCUUGGAAUGAUCUUCAGACAUACCUUUCCGAAACCGGAGGAGCAAAACCAAAAGGUUCAGGGAAAGAUAGAAUCAAAGGAACUUCUACGGACGACCUAAUCUCGGCUACUUUACGUUUAUUGUUGGCAAUCACUUCCUUCGCAGGGGCAAAAUACGCACGUAAUGUGUUUGAUAAUAUGGCAUGGGGAAUGAAGUCUCUUUCAAAACUUUUGAAUAUGCGUAGAAGAAAUGCCACAAAAAAGAGAGACAAUAAAAGUACGCCCGUCGUGCGCGGUCUAUCCACAGCGACUCUCGAUAGACCGGAUAUUCGAACUCUAUGGAUCAUGUUCCUAUUGUCAUUCUUGCGUUCGCCGUCUGGUGGUUGUACGGCAGUAUCCCUGCGAAUCGCUGCACUUUCGUUAGGCAAGGAUAUGUAUUCUGCCAUCAUGAAGGGCUUGACGAAAGAUCCUGCACAAAUUGUUGCAUUUAUCCUAAUGGGCCUACACGAUGGUCUUUUAAGCGAUGAAGCUUCUGCCAAACUACCACGUGGAAGAGUAGUAUCACUAUUCAACGAAUGGACGUGCAAGGAAUUGGUUGCAAUGUAUGAACGAGAAAAUGACACAAUCAAGUUGGUGCAAUCUGAAGAGGAACAUAGCAUUGCUGAUGUUGUCCAUCAUUUCUUGCUGGCUCUUUGCACGCAUCCAGGCAGAGGAGUGUGCUACAUAGAUAACGGUUGGUACGGACGCAUGAAUGACAAGACAAACAUAGAUGAUGAUGGUAGCAUAGAAGCAACGGAAGGUACAAAUGAGGACGCUGGUCAAGUAACCCGAUUGAGCAUCUACAAUAAAGUCCUUCUUGGAGUCCUGCGAUCGUUGACUCCUUACAGAUCACCCAAACAAGGAGAAUUAGCGAUACGUAUUCUCAAAGCCGCACCAGAGCUAAGCGGGCCAUAUUUCAUCACUUUGACAAAUAUCAUUGACCCAAAGCCAUUGUCUAUAUCGUGGCUCAGCUCGUCUACAUUCUUGGGAAGAGCAUUGAGCCUUCCACUCCCAACAUUUCAAUCAAAAUCAGGCAAAUGGCACUCUCUGCCGCCUUCAAAAAGAGCUUGCACAGAAGCAUUGUUGCCAACGUGUUUAUCAAAAGCCAUGUUCUCUCGCGGGAUAGCAAUGCAAGACAGACUAUCACGAUAUGCGACAAUCACUCUCUUGAUUCGAACGCUUAGUCGUCUGCUUUUAUUCCGGGACGUUUGUUUUUCAGCUAAUGAAGGCUCAGCUCAGAUCCAGCAGGGUACAGAUAUAGAUAUCCAUCAAGACGCGGAAGAGGCAGUAUUAAGAGGUGAAGUUGGUCUACAAGCCAAUACUCAAACACCUUGGAUUGCGAUUUGGGAAGAGGUUGCUAUAUCAUCCCAGGAAUGCUUACCGGAUCUUACUCAAUUGAUUCACUCAUUGGAUGCAUUCCAAAAGAAUGUCGGGAACGAAAAGGUGGAAAAGGAAGGCGAAGCAUCAUCCGCAAAUAAUGCGACACUGUUGGAGUCUACAUUAAAAGCUUGCUGGUUGCUCCUUGAGGUGACACCUUCCUCUGAACACGUGUCUACUGCCGAUUUGGACAAAUUGUUCCAGUUCAGCCUCUCGGAUGUGAAAGAUGAUCAGGAUGAUAGCAGUGGACUCGUGUCUCUGUCUAAACUUCAUGCAAUGCGUGCUGUUGCUACGAGAGCUUUUGAGAAUGGUCAAGGCGAAUUCAACAUCUUUGCCAGAACUUCUUCAUCCCUUGCUGGCACGAGCUCGUCGGCAUCAUCUUUGAGUCGACUUUUGCACAUUGCAAACUCGUCAAGUCUGCCUAUGCUACGCUCUACAUCACUGGCUCUCAUAAGCUCUGCAAUGAAGGCAUCUGUGAUGUUCGAACAUGAUAGUGCAGAAUGGCAAGCGUGGCAAUAUGCUUUGGACGGUCAAGAUUGUCAUUUAUACGAUUUCAUAGACGAAUGCGCUCAAAGGUGUAUCAAAGUACCGUACAAGUACAUCGAAAUGGCCCGUGAAGCGGUUCUCAAACAGAAUGGAUCCGAAGAGAGCAUGACAGAUAUUGCGUUCAGUCCACUGCUGUAUACAAUGCUGGAGCAACUGACAAUCCGAAUUCAGAAGAAUCUAUUGUCCGACGCACAUUUACCGAUCGCGUUUUCAAGCUUCUUGAGUCGUUAUUUACCCGCUAUGAGGGUGUCAAAUAGGCCGACAAAGAUUCUACUGGCUUUGCUCGAAGAAUGCAGGAAUUUGUUCACUUCGAGCGAGUUCUCGAGCAACCCAGACCUCUUCUCGAACCUUAAACGAUCAUCUGACCUCCUUACAGCCUUGACUUUGGGGCCAUCUACUGAGAAGGUCAACGGACAUGUGAAAGACAAGGCUGCCAAAUCUACUGAUGGCAGUAACAUCCAUCAAUUCAUCCUCAAUCCUUCCAGUGAAAGCAAGAUCGACUGGUCUCUUACCUCACCGAUCGAAGCGAAGAUGGUCUUUCUUUCAUCUUUGAGCAAAUUGCUGGAUGGGCAAACCAAGCUGACGUCUGCAGUAGUUAUUCGUCAAGCUUUAGAAAAUGGCGCGAAUGAUAGAUCGUAUCUGCAAACGUUCCUUUUUGACAAUAUACAGCUUCUGCGAUCCAUCGUCCAAAGUCCAGAGAGACUUAGUUUUCUCAUAGAUGUGAUCACCACAUCAACAUUCAACUCCGCAAGCGAGCUGGACCGAGAAAUGAUGAGCAAUUUGAUUCGUCUUAUUGUUGAUGACCUCUCCCCAAGAUCUCCUUCUCUUUGCCAAGCAUCUGCAAGACUUGCAAGCUUCAUGCAAACUUCUGACCGACAACGUGUUAUUGAUACUCUGAUUCAGGAAGAAGAGUAUCUCGAACAAGUGUCUGGUAUUUUAGCACUGGAUCAAGAUACAGUCUUGAAUGACGAGGUCCCGCAAAAGAUUAUCUCGAAAAGAAACGGAACAAAGAAUGUGGAAGAUAUUCUUUAUCUGCUCCAACGAUCUCACAAGGGUGCAAACACGAAUGUUGAGAAGCUGAUAGACUUUACCGUAAAGAACCUUGAUGAACCGCUAGCGAGCACGGCUCUGAGAAGCUUGAUGAUCCAUUACGAGGCAAGUAGACCUCAUGCGAUUCAGCAGUUGCUCACAAGACCGAAUAAGACAAUAUCUAAGUAUGCUGCAGAAGCAAUCGCAGAGGCAAUUGGAGUAAAUGCAACGAAUUUACCAUCUGAUUUAGCGCACGAUGCGAUCGCUACAGUCACUUCUCACAUAUUCUCAAAGGAUCAUGCAAUCAGUACAGCCAUGGUGCGAGCUACCGUUUCCCUUACCCGGACUUUCAAGGAUCAGGUUUACACCACUUUACUAUCAAAUAUACCCGAGAAGCCGAUCAAUGUCUUUAAAGCAGAGGCUGUCUUGUUGGCCUUGCAUGCCGCCAAAAACGAUGAUGAAUGUCCUGCUGCCAAGAAAGUGGUGCAUGCGAUCUCGGAGAAAAUCUUACAAUGGCUAGUUAGGCGUUUCGCAGAGGAUGAGGAAGAUGGUGCAGAAACAUUGGAAGUUAUCAAAGCUCUCCUUGUAUUGAUCCGAUUCCAAUCCAGUCUUCUCAAAAAUUUGUCUCAUCUUGUCGAACCAGUGCUUACUGCAGCAAUUGAUCGACGACUCCAAUCCGAGUUGCACGCGGAGUUGAUCACUUCCCUGUUCAUUUCCACACCUUUGAAGAGCAACAUAGUGCAAUUGUUCAUGGACAAGAUGCUACACGAUCGAGCAGCACUGGCAGUUGCUUCUAUUAGAGAGAACAUCGUUACCGCUGUAACGACGUACAUAGAAAAGGACAGAACUUUGGCGAGCAAUGCACUGAUGACAAGAUUAGUCAGCUUAUACCGCGGUACUCUUGAUCUUUCUGAUCGUCAAAUCUUUCAAUCGUUGGCCUUCUAUGAACAAUCACACGCCAGCGUAUCGAUGCUGUCGAUGUUGAAAGAAUGGAACAGUUCGAAUGAGGUAUCUGGAUCAAGUGAAGAAAGUUUGAUUUACAGAUUGGAUGCAAAUCGAGUCUUGGAUACCAUUCAACACUUUCCCCGUGCAAGAUCAUACAGAGAUCUCAAAUCGGCCGGCUAUGGACAGCUUUCUGUUAAGCAGACGGAGCCUGCAUCUUUAUAUGAUCCGCUAUUCCUCUUAUCUGCUUAUGCACAAUUUCUCUCUGGCGAUAGGGAUCCGUCUGGCUUGCAAUUAGUGGAGAUGAUGCGAACGAAUGUCCUUGGUGCUACAGUGUGUUGCUUAAGCUCAAUUGAUCAGUCAGUGCGUAGCUCUGCUUCUUUGAUGGUAGCAAAGACGUAUGCAUUUGCCAAAUCUGCUGAAUUCCAAGAGAAAGAACAGCUAUUGCUCAUUUUGGAUGCUUUACGCAAUUCUAUAAAGCAAGCAAAGCUGAUUGAUGGAGAUGGUGUAAUGUCACGUCCAUUGCCUUUAACGAUUACAAUGUUUGUUGCACAUGCAAUUCGUGCUUUGGCUCAACCUACGAUCUAUCUUUAUCCGUUGAUCUCCCGUUUCUUAUUGCAAAGAGCAACACCGUUGGAUCCAAGCGAUAUUCCACUAUUGUAUGGAUUCUUGUAUGCAUCCUCGUAUCAAACACAAACGCACAAACAACAAAGGCUUUUCAUCUUACGCUUCUUGACAUCUGCUGUUCGAUAUGGCGGUCAAGCUGAUUGGAAGAUUAUGCGGCAUCGUCAUGUUUGGCAAGGAAUUUGUGUUUUGUAUACAACUUCUCGUUCUACGGGCGAUACAAGCUUGAAACGUGCAAUCGAAGAAUUUUGGUUAUCAGCAAUGCAGCAGGAGCACGUCGUCACAUAUGCGAUCUUGCGUAUUGGUUUUGUGGAAUACCUACAGCAAAUGGUCAUCACAAUCGGAACAUCAAACGAUCAAGAGAAACUCUUUUUGCUCCAUCUCGUUUGUUGCAUGAUUCAAAAUGGAGAUUUACAAAAAUUACGCAAAGCAACAAAUAAUUUGUGGUUAUCGUCAAUCUGUGGCUUGGUCACGCGCUUGAAGGUCGAGAAGUUGAUGUUAUCCCCAGACUUGGCAAAGGAACUCGAUCAUACUGUUCAAAAGCUUUCAUCGUUUUUGCUAGAACUAUCGCAAAUAGGAGGCAGUGCUUCGGUGUUGAUGGAAUCGGAUCUGUUCAGGACUAUGGAUUUGCUGAGCAGCAUUCUAUUGGAUUAUUUCUCGAUGAUUGAAGAGCAGAUUCCUGAGAUGAGCCAUGAUGACGUUUUCAGAUCAACCCUGGAGCACAUCACGCAAAUUUCGCAAAGGACAAAAUCGGUUUUAAAAUUGAAGAGUCUUAUGAAGGAGUGCGAUGGAAAGAUUGAUAAAGAAUUACUGCAGAGGCUCAACUAGAAAGGGUUGUACACUAUUCUAUAGAAUCAAUUUCACAUCUUGUACAGUAGCAUGCAAUUGAUAAACUUAU